UUUAUUAUACUCUAGGAUUUCCACCAUUUUCAACUCUCCACACCCUAGAAACCUCACGCACAAACACACACUCACUGCGUGUUUUAGCUUUAGCAAGAAAUCUAGCCAAAAAGGAACGAACCCAACCAAAAUCCUGGCAUUUUUGCUUGUUGCAGGAAAUGGGGCGUUCUGGAAGAUCGAAAGCUGCAAUCUUGCUGCCUUUUCUACUUCUGAUUUGGGCGGAAUCAGCGAUGGGUCGGUUUCUGGUGGAGAAGAACAGCCUGAAAGUACUAUCCCCGGAAAGCAUUAAGGGAAAUUACGAUAGUGCCAUCGGUAACUUUGGGAUUCCACAAUAUGGUGGAAGCAUGGCUGGAACUGUGGUUUAUCCAAAGGAUAAUAGAAAGGGCUGCCAAAAAUUUGAGGAUUCUGGGAUUUCUUUCAAGUCCAAGCCUGGAGCUUUACCCACCUUUGUUCUCGUUGAUCGUGGAGAUUGCUUCUUUGCUUUGAAAGUUUGGAAUGCUCAGAAUGCUGGCGCAGCUGCUGUUCUAGUGGCUGACCACCGCGAUGAGCCAUUGAUCACGAUGGACUCGCCCGAAGAGGAUCGUGCAGCUGCAGAGUAUAUUGCGAAUAUAACAAUACCUUCUGCGCUGAUUGAUAAGAGUUUCGGUGAGAAGCUAAAGAAAGCACUUGGUAAUGGAGAUGUAGUGAAUGUGAACCUCGACUGGAGGGAAUCCGUCCCCCAUCCGGAUGAACGAGUGGAGUAUGAACUGUGGACUAACAGCAAUGACGAGUGUGGGGUUAAGUGUGAUAUGUUGAUGGAGUUCUUGAAGGAUUUUAAGGGUGCAGCUAUAAUGCUCGAGCAAGGUGGCUAUACUCAGUUUACUCCGCACUAUAUCACGUGGUACUGCCCUGAGGCAUUCACUGUGAGCAAGCAAUGCAAGUCGCAAUGCCUCAACCAUGGGAGAUACUGUGCUCCGGACCCGGAGCAAGAUUUCAGCUCUGGUUAUGAUGGAAAGGAUGUGGUGCUUGAGAACUUGAGACAGCUAUGUGUUUUCAGAGUGGCAAAUGAGACCCGAAAGCCGUGGAUUUGGUGGGACUAUGUUACUGACUUCCAUAUCAGAUGCCCCAUGAAGGAGAAGAAAUACGGCAAGGAGUGUGCCGAAGAGGUUAUCAAAUCUUUAGGUCUUGAUCUGAGUAAAAUCGAAAAGUGCAUGGGCGACCCUGAUGCUGAUGCGGACAAUCCCGUUCUGAAAGAAGAGCAAGAAGCUCAAAUUGGUAAAGGAUCGCGUGGCGAUGUAACCAUUUUGCCUACCCUUGUCGUGAACAAUCGCCAGUAUCGAGGGAAGUUGGAGAAAGGUGCUGUCUCGAAAGCUAUAUGUGCUGGUUUUGAAGAAACUACGGAGCCAUCUGUUUGUUUAAAUGGCGAUGUAGAAACAAAUGAGUGCUUGCACAAUAAUGGUGGCUGCUGGGAAGACAAGGCAGCAAAUGUCACAGCUUGCAAGGACACAUUUCGAGGAAGAGUGUGUGAAUGCCCAGUAGUUAACGGCGUGCAAUUUAGGGGAGAUGGUUACAGAUCUUGUUCUGCAAGUGGGCCUGGGCGAUGCAGAAUAAAUAACGGAGGCUGCUGGGGUGAAAAGAGAGACGGGGUCACUUUCUCUGCUUGUGUGGAUAGUGAUGAUGGAAAAUGCAAAUGCCCUCCAGGAUUCAAAGGCGAUGGUGUUAAACAUUGUGAAGAUAUUAAUGAAUGUAAGGAGAAGAAAGCUUGCCAAUGCAACGAAUGCAACUGCAAAAACACAUGGGGGAGCUACGAGUGCACAUGUAGCAGCGGCCUGCUGUAUAUGAGGGACCAAGAUACCUGCAUCAGUACGAGUGCCUCAGAGGUGAAGUAUGGCUGGGGCGCUGUUUGGCUUGUUUUGAUCGUAUUGGGUUUGGCCGGUGGUGGUGGUUAUCUCGUGUACAAACAGAGGCUGAGGUCGUAUAUGGACUCGGAGAUCAGGGCUAUAAUGGCCCAAUACAUGCCUCUGGACAGCCAGAACGAAGUACCAAAUCACGUAGAUAUAGAUCGUGCUUGACCGUGAUUCUGAAUGCAACGGUGAUGUGGGGGCUCGAUUUGCAUCUCCAACAAUGGUUUUGAAGGUCGAAUUUAUACAGUUUUGGAACGAAUUGUUGAUUAUAGAUACGUUGAGAAUCACUGUGACGUGUUUAUGUAUGCGAAUGCCUGAGUCGGGGUGGCAUGUAUCUUGGAUGUUUGUCGAUGCAGGGUGAGUUCGAACAUUGUUAGUUGUAGCAUUAGUGUGUAGCAGUUAAUAAUGGUAUGUAUGUUGCCAUAUGCCACGGAUUAAAUGGUGUGUUGGGAGCUCAUUUUAAUAAAUAUGCAACUUUUUUA